AUUUUAUUCUUCCUUUCUUCUUCUUCCUCCUCCUUCUCUUCUUUCAUUGUUCUCACUCUUCGUUAUCAUUAUUAUUAUUAUUAUCCUUUUGGUGCUUUUCUAAACGACACUCUUAGUAUUUCGUGACCUAUCGGCUUAAAACCACUUUUCCAUCAUAUACAGAGAAGAAUCAGCAAGUAAAUAGACAAAGAGAAAGCAAAUAACAGUGGUAGCAGACUAUGACAGGAUUGGCAUUUUCCCACCAGGAAAGUAAACAAAUGACGAUAGGAACUGCAGACCCAGCUUCCUAUGGCUACUUCCUUGGUGUGAAAAAAACACCUCCCAACAUUCUUUUUGGGCAAGCCAUUGUUGUUUCCUUCAUUCUCCAGUUUAUUAUCUUUUACACCACCUGGUUCUUUUGUCCCUCUUUCACAAAGUACCGCAGGGGUUUAUCUUGGAGCCUGGCGUUAUUUUGCGCCAUCAUCAUGUCUUUCAUCACUUUAUUUGAGUUUGGGUACCUGCGGACGACACUAUGGUCUCUCCUCGGAUGGGAACAACAGGGACCAGAGGCAGCAACAGCUACAAUCUUCACUUACUGGGCGCCAACGUUCCAUGGCUGGGUAUUUGAGCUGGGACGCCAAGGUCCAUCAGCCGUGACUCUUGCUUCCAUCCGAUCGUCCUUAUCCAGCCUCGAGUUGUUCACAUGUCUUUUCUUAGAUGGUCAAACGUACAAGGACCUUGCAGGAGGAUACCUCCGCUGGCUUAUCACCUUGCCCAUCUUCUCAUUGGCUCCUCUAAAGCAGCCUCAGCUGUACUCUUCGACAGCACCUUACUAUCUUGGAGGAGGAGGGCGCCUGCUCUUCUCACUGGAGAACUUUCCUCGAGAGACUUGGCCAUCGUCUGUGCUUUGUGGAUACUUUAUCGGUUACUGUAUUGCAGAUCUGCUGCUCGGCAAUAUACAUUAUAGGAUGUAUGUGGAUGCUAUGGGAUGGACCCACCAUAUCACUUAUUGCCUUCUUGUCUAUCGGCUUGCUAUUCAAAAUAACCUAUCACAAUUCUUGAUUUGUGGUGGUGUUUUGGAAGUGCCAUCAAUAUUCUUGGCGAGUGGUAUGAUGUUUCCUCGGUUAAGGUCGGAUUUCUGGUUCCCAUUGACCUUCGUGCUUUUUCGGAUCUUCUUUGUGGGGUUCAUAUGGCAUGAAUGUGCAUUCAACUAUCCUACCCCACCUAGAGGAGCAGCCAUCUACUUUGUUGCGCUCAUAAUCCAUUGUUUUUGGCUUUCAAAGUACAUACGUGGCAGAAGCCGCCGUAAACAAAGAGCAAUGAAGGAAGCAGAAGCAGGGCUCUCCACUACUCCUUCCUUUUCAGUCCAAAAGGCGUGAAGCACUGUUUCUCAACUUUGAUUUAGGAGAGACAUAAUGGAGCUGUAACAGGAGUUCUUAGUAAUAUUAGUAGUAGCUGCGAUGAUUUAAGAUAAUCUGCCAUAGUGCUUUAGAAUGUAAGAGGAAUAUUAAUAGAUAAGGGGC